CAACACACUCCGCUUGGAAGAUAUGUGAGGAUGGCAGCUUCCUUUCCGCGGCCUCCCCCCACGGAUGCCGAACGUGAAAGGAUCAGAGAGUUAUCCAGGUAUUACUGCACCCUCGAUCGCAUCCCCUCUCUGUCGCAGCCCGACAAAGGGGAACAGACAACAGCAGGAGAAGAUGCCGACAAGGAUUCACCUCGUUUGUCCUCAGAUAUCACCCUUACCGCCCUGAGCCAAUUGGCCGUGUUGCGCUUCGGAUGCAAUCGAGCCUUUAUCUCCAUCAUCGACGAUGGGAAUCAACAUAUUAUCGCAGAGGCUACGGGCUCCAUCUCGCUACGUGACAAGGAUCGACAUCUCCCAGAUGAUGCAAUCUACCUUGGUGUGCGAACGAUCGAUCUGGCCUGGGGGGUGUGUCCGCAUACCAUCUCCCUGUUCACCGGCCAGGAUAUGUCCAAGGCGGUCGAGACGCCGAAUAUGAUCGCCAACAGCUCCCGUUUCAUUGUCCAUGACUUUACCCAAGAGGACUUUUUCAAAGAUCGCCCAUAUGUAGUAGGGUGGCCCUACUUCCGCUUCUACGCCGAGGUGCCACUCCUUAGCCCAUCCGGUGUCGUGUUGGGGUCCUUCUGUGUCGUUGACAACAAACCACGAGGGCACUUUGCGGAAGAAGAGGUGGACGCCCUGAAAGAGAUUGCAGAUGCGGUAGCGUUGCAUCUUGACAAAGUCCGCAUCUCCAUUGAUCAUCACCGCGCUGAGAAACUCAUUAAAGGACUCACGAAUUUCGUCAAGGACCAUGGGGAGUUCGACCCGGCCGAGGUGCCUCUCCCUAUCAGCAGACAGUCAACGCUCAACACACUCAACUCUUCUCGCGAUCAGUCGUCACUGAGCCUCCCCACCACGGGUGCUGGGGGCUUUGGAAAAACGGAGGGUCCGAUUAUGAGCGGGUCGACUGCAUCCGAGGUUGAGUUGUCGUCGUUGUUUUCGGGUGUGACGUCCGAACAAACCAAGACGUCAUCCUUCCUUUACAACUCAUCGCAGUCCGCAGCACCAACACCAGCAGAGGACACUAUUAGCCUCCGGGAGGCUGCCUCAGAACGCAACGAACCGCCCACUGUGUCGGUGAAACGCUGCUUCAGAAAUGCGGACCAAAUCUCUCAUGUCUUUACUCGAGCCAGUGUCUCCCUGCGGGACUCACUGGACCUAGAUGGAGUACUCUUCCUUGAUGCGAGUCGAUGUAACUCGGGCGUGGUGCUAUCGGAUGACGAGACUCGAAGUUGGGAACCGCUCCCCACCACAGCAAAUCCAGAAUUCCUUGCCGACCCUCUCCCUAGUCCUCUUGAUCUACCGGGGGUGGGAGCGCUAUCCAAAAUCGCGGAAAAGCCAUGUGAAGUGCUUGGCUGGGCUCAAAAGACACCGUCACCCACUGGUUCCGACAUUUUAUCAAUCACUGAGAGACUUCUCAGCCAGUUGAUUGCGGCUUUCCCCAAGGGUCAGUUCUUUAACCUCUAUGAACGGAUGGAUGAGAGCGAAUGUGAAUUUGUAGGAGGAAUACGACGGGAUGUCAGCGCGGAGGAGAACUCCAAAUCCCUGCGUGACAUUGUCCGACAGCUCCAGAACCACCUUCCGGAUGCGUACAGUGUUCUUUGGUCACCCCUAUGGUGCUGGAGGCAAUCACGGUGGGUCGCCGGCACCUUGGUGUGGUCUCGCGGUAGCGACCGUGCGUUGGGAGUUUACGACUUACCGUACUUGAGAGUACUCGGAGAUUCCAUUAUCUCCGAAUUGGCUCGGAUCGAUUGGUCCACUACGCAACAGUCAAAAUCCGAUUUUAUCUCAUCAGUUAGCCAUGAGCUCCGCUCGCCACUGCAUGGUAUCCUAGCUAGCGCGGAAGUGCUCGAAGGGACCGCUCUUCAACCGACCCAGGUUCACUGGAUGAACAUGUUAAAAACAUGUGGCUUGGCCUUGUUUGAUACAUUGAAUCAUUUGCUAGACUUUUCCAAGAUCAACAAUCUAACUAUAGAGGACGCCGCACGAGAGAACCGCACCCAAGCCUCCGACGGCAGUCUGGCGACGACGUUUGAUUUGGCUCAUUUGAUCGAGGAGGUCACAAGGGUUCAAUAUGUUGGCCAGUGGGCACCUAAGGCGACUGAGCCUUUUGGGGACCCUUUAGCCACUCCCAUGAACAACGGCCCCCCCGGCGAAACCACGGUUGUUGUUCGCAUUGAGGAACGACACGCGUGGAAAGUGCAAUCCCUGGCGGGGGCUUGGAAACGAAUUGUUAUGAACCUCCUUGGCAACUCGUUGAAAUUCACCAGUGCUGGGUUCGUAGAGGUCUCUCUUUCGAAAGUCGUGAAGCAGUCUGACCCCGAAUCAAUUUAUGCUCAUCUCUGUGUGACAGACACAGGUAAAGGCAUUGAUAGGGUGUUUCUCAGAAACAAGCUCUUUUCCCCAUUCGCACAAGAGAAUACCCUGUCGGAAGGUCUAGGACUAGGCUUUAGCAUCGUACGCCAGUUAGUUGACACCAUGGACGGGCAUGUCAAUGUUCGAAGUGAGGUUGGAGUUGGUACACAGGUGGACAUCUACAUCCCUGUUCGACGAUUUGUCAGUGAUUAUCCCUCUUCAACUUCCACGUCGAGCGCUCCGGUGAAGGCCUGUCUGGUUGGAUUCGAAGGAUAUCCAGACAUAAAGGAUACCCCCACUGGAAUCUUGCCUGCCGAAGCCAAGAGAAAGCUCGCCAUUCGGAGCUCAUUGGCGCCUGUGCUGAUGGCGCAAUCGGGUUGGAGUUUAUCGAUAGCGGAGUCCAUAGAAAAUGCUCGCGGUGAUGUGGCUAUUAUCGAAGAGGAGGAGUUCGCUAAGGCAACAUGCAACGGUCAAUCACCGCGUGAACUUUCUGAGAGAACCGGAAUCCACUUUUUCAUCAUUCUUAGUGGUACAAGACCUCGCCUAAAUGACCUACCACCGAACGCGAUCCGGGUAUCGCAGCCAUUCGGGCCAGCAAAGUUCCAAGACGUCCUUCAAAGGACUCAGGAACUCUACUUGAAAUCAUUAGGAAAUCCCGGUCCUCCCCCUCUCACUUCUGAGGAGCCAGUUAUAUCAAAGCGUUCCUCGUCGGAGCCUAUAUUACCAGCCAGCCCUAACGCUCCACAAGAUGUGGGAGUAGCACUACCACUGCGUCCUCCUCCCCAGACCCCUCAGAACACCGAUGCGAUACAUUGUCUCGUCGUCGAUGAUAAUGACAUCAAUCUGAAGAUCCUGUCUACCUUUCUCCGCAAAUUAGGCUGCAGCUAUGAGACUGCCUCAGACGGAUUAAUCGCACUCAAUAAAUACAAAGAUACUCGUCGACGGUAUGAUUAUGUUCUUAUGGAUAUAUCAAUGCCCGUAAUGGAUGGUAUUCAAUCGACAAGCCAUAUUCGACGGUAUGAGAAGGAACGAAACCUUACGCCGUCACGCAUCAUGGCCGUCACCGGGUUGGGCUCAGCAGAGACCCUGCAAGAGGCGAUGGCCGCCGGCGUAAAUGACUACAUGGUCAAACCUAUUUCGUUGAAAGCUUUGAAGAAGGUUAUGAACCUUGCAUGAUGUGGUCUCAUCCUCGCUUUACGGCAUGUAAGUGAUUCCGGUCAACGAUUUGCUACUGUAAAUAAGGCACUGUGAUUCAUUGUAUAUAUUUCCCUGGUUUGUAGCGAUCACUAAAUAUUGAGCGGGCGGACUCUCCGUAUGGGAACAGUCUGCUCG